GUGAGGGCCGAAGUCCAUUAUCUUACGCGCUUCUCCUCUCUUCCAUGGUAUCUCCUCUUUGAUCUGUUCAAUUCUUCCAGACAUCAAUCACGAUCUUACUCCCAUCCAUUAUUCAACGGCACCCAUCAUAGACUUUUUCUUCAAACAAUUUUCCCCCGUUUGCUGAAUUGCUUUAUAUUCCCUUUGCAAUCGCAUUGAAUCUAUAUAUCAUUUCUUUGGCCGCCAUCGUUUCUUCUCUUAAACAUCUGCCAAAUCCAACAGUUUCUCCAGUUCUUCAAGUUUCUCAGAUUCUUGUUUUAUAGGAGCCUUGUUAACUUGCUGCGGAUUAGCUCAAAAUUUGUGAUUCUUUGAUUCGUUCCUAAUCAAACCCGGCAAAAUCUAUUGAGAUUCAACAUGUUUGGGAUCAAGAAACCUCAUUUCCAUCUUCAUAGAACUGGCAAAAACAAUUCAGUUGACCCCAGCCAUCAUGCACCGAAUCCAUUCGAUUCUGAUGACGAGUUUGACAAAAAGUCAACCCUAAACCAGACUAGAAGAACCUCAUCUGAACCUGCAUUAUUGGUCCCAGAUUCAAGAGCUAGUCUUUUUGAUGAUGAUGAGGUUAAGGGGACCUCAGGUUCAUCUGGGUACAAACUUAGUUACGCAUCAAGAAACAAAUACAAGAACGAUUUUGUUGAUUCUGGUGGAAUAGAGAAUCAAGAUGUGCAAGAAUUGGAGGAGUAUGCUGCGUAUAAGGCUGAAGAGACUACAAAAACCGUUAACAGUGCCUUAAAGAUUGCAGAAAACAUAAGAGAAGAUGCCACCAAGACCAUGAUCACGCUGCAUCAACAGGGUGAGCAGAUCACUAGGACUCACAUGACUGCAGCUGAUAUCGAGCAGGAUCUUAGCAGGGGCGAGAAGCUUUUGGGAAGUCUUGGGGGUAUUUUCUCGAGGACUUGGAAGCCUAAGAAGGGUCACGCUAUAACAGGACCAAUGAUCACAAGAGAUGAUCCUGCGCUACGAAAGGGUGCCCAUUUGGAACAAAGAGAAAAACUGGGACUUACAACAACCCCGACUAAGGGACAGCGGCAUUCAAAAACACCGCCCUCUGAACCGACGAACGCAAUGCAGAAAGUUGAGUACGAGAAAAGCCAGCAAGACGAUGCCCUCUCGGAUUUGAGUAACAUACUUGGGGAACUUAAAGAAAUGGCCGUUGACAUGGGUUCUGAGAUCGAAAGGCAAAACAAAGCUCUUGAUCCUCUUCAAGAUGAUGUUGAUGAGCUCAAUUUCCGAGUUAGAGGUGCUAAUCAACGUACUCGACGUUUGCUUGGAAAAUAAAUCGAAUGACUCGAGUUUCACUCGAUGAUCGUUUUCUUACCCGUGUCUGUAUGAUGUUGAUAAGUCAUGACGGAUAAACGCUUGUAUGCAGAAGGUUAUUUUGCCACCGGAAUUUUCUUAUCGGCCUGUACUAUUGCAUUUGUUGUUUCUCUACAUUUGACUCGUUAAUCGAACAGAAACAUCGUCACUAACAAAAAUGUGUUCUU